AAACACACAAAUGAGUUUUUUUUUCUCUCAAAAGAAACUCCAGGUGAAGUGAAGCAGAAACUGUUGGCGCUGCUCUCGUGAACUGAACACGUUGCUGUCUCUCUAAAGUUUGUCAGAGCUCUCGGGGCCAGAGAAAAGGCAUGGCCGUUUACCAGCAGCCAGUGCAGAUGAUGACGGUGACGACCACCACCAACAGCACCAGUGGAGCAUGGAGCACUGGCCUCUGUGAUUGCUGCUCUGAUAUGGGCACCUGUUGCUGUGGUCUUUGGUGUUUUCCUUGCAUGCAAUGUGAGACAGCCAGUAUGAAUGGUUGGUGCUGCUGCAUGCCAUGCAUGGACUACUGCUGUGUGGUGUCCUGCUUACUCCGUGCCACCAUUAGAGAACGCUACGGCAUCCCUGGCUCGUGCUGUGAAGACUGCUGUUUGUUGCUCUGGUGCUACGAAUGCGUCUGGUGCCAGAUGAAUCGCGAGUUGAAGAUCAGGCGCAACAUGCCCGUCACCUCUGCAGUAGUAACCACACAGGUCGUCAAUGUUUAGUGCGCUGCCAUUUUAGUUAGAGGGAAUGUUUGCUGUUAGUCUUAACAAGGACUUAUUUUUCUUUUGUAAGGUUCAAAACAUACAAGACAUGUUUUUUUCUGUUUGUUGUUUGAGCAAUAUUAUGAAGAAGACAGAUGCAGACAAAAAAAAAAAUAUCCUCAGCUCGAUUUGUUUACUUUUGCAUAUAAUAUGUAGCAGCCAGCACUGAGCGUCAUAAACAUACUCAGUAUAGUAGCACGUUGCUGUUUGUAAUGCCAAGAAUCUAGAUAUAGCUGUUUUGUUUACUUAAUGUUGCUGUUUAAAGCCUUAAAUUCACUAUUACAGCCAGUUUGAAUGUCAUGAUAUGAAUGACGUUAUGUCAGGUUCUUGUUUGGCCUUUGUUUCACUCUUGCCAAUAACAUACUGAUGUUGCAGGCAGCAAGCUCACAGCUAUCACAGUGUGUCCAGUCUUUAGAAACUUCAAAUGUUCUUUUAUUGACACAACAACACAUCACAGCAUCUUUGCCAAGUCACAUUAUUCUGUUGAGCAGCUGAAACUCUCCUCAUCAGAAAUGUUCCCCAGUUUCUCACCUCUGUCUUUAUUCAUGAUGUUGAAAGUAAAUAAAAUUUUUUCUAUACGUGCAAAUCGAAAA